ACUUUCUGUCCACCCACCCAAUGCACAUUGGAAUAUCGGCGGGCGCCUCACUUCGACACGCAAGCUAAGCUUCGCAAUCCAAAGAGAGAGAGAGAAAAUUGCUCUUCGCUCCAAAAAGAACGACGAGCUACCACAGACAGCGAUUCGAAGCUCUGCAACUGGUACAAGCGCACACACUCCUGUGUGAAUCUCGCGAGCCCCGCAGUUUGCCUCGACUGCCUUUCCGCGGCGAUAUAAAACCCCCGCCGUACCGCUCGCGAUUUCGUCUUGUUGGAUCUGUUCAAUCUCUUUCCCGCUCAUUUGAGCAGCAGCCAGCUUCAAUCGGUACUUAAGGCACCUCAAGUAUAUCAACAAGAAUAGAGAACCUGUCCGGCCAUGCAUUAGUGGGAGGGGGACCUCUCAUUUUGUGUCUUCUUUUUUCUGGCGCGUCCUUCCUUGCUUGGUUGGAUGACAUCGCCAACCCAACUAAAUCGGACCUACGAAAAAAGAAACACACUAUUUCCCUUGGAUAUCCAUGGAUACGUGCCACCGGAACUUUUUCUAACCCUGUUCCCUUUACGUUCCGGCAUCCCUCUAGACAUGCUUUUCUGCAAACCAAAUGGCAGCUCCUCCUUACGACACCAAUCCCUUUCCUAAUAAUGCCUUGUUAUUUGAUAUAUACACCGACGGCGCUGUCCAACAGUCGCACACUCUGGCUCCGGCUCCUGCUCCAGCCCCACCCCCAGCUAACCUCCCUCGAGGACCAUGCGGUUUCGUCGAUCUGACCCCCGGUGCUAAUGGCGCCAGGUGUGGCUGUCGACGCUUCUGGAGUAGACCUCACAACCAAAUGUUGCCAUCCGCAGACCAGCCCUUUUGGUGCAUGUGCUCACACCAUGCUUGCUACCAUGAGGAUGCUCAAGUUGCGCAAACACCGCCGGUGCAGACGCCCAUCGUUGCCGCACCUCCUCUGGAUCGCGACUCGUUUGGCGGUCAGGAAAAUGAGAGGCCGAGGGUAAAUAGGGAACCCCUCACCCCAGUACAGGACAUGGCCGCCUUCCAAACACCGGGUAGCUUAGGACAGACUCUGGACUGGCCCGGUCUCAGCCUGGCGGGUUCUUCUUUCAAAUCGGACCUUGCGGUCGUGACUGCGCCGCCGCCACCUUCUUCUCACGCCCAUCAGGCUACCCAGGCCUCUGGUCAUGGUCGAGAUGCCUCUCUGCCUGAUACGUUGCCUUGGACCAACCUCCCCGCUCCAAAUCCUGGAGGACUUGGCCUUCCACCUAUCCCUUCACAAUGUCUUUUCAAUACGCAAUCAUUCUCAACGACAUCAAGUCAGACUGGGUACUUGAUGCCCUUUGGUGGUAAAGGUCUCCAUACUCUUGAUAUCAAGGCCACCGCAACACCGAACGAUAAUUGCGCUCCUGGCACCGACCCAAAUGCCACUGUACCCAAUACUCAGACCUCUUCACCCAUGGAGCCAAUUCCCAUGCCGUCGGCGCCAACUCCUAGAGGUGCCUCGAUUCAGGAUACCAAUAUUGCACCAUCAAUAGUUCAGCCGCAUAGUUCUAACGAAGAAGCAUUACGGAUCUUGAAAGACACCGUCCAAGACCAUGGGCAUCGUUUGGAUAAGCUGGAGAACCAGUCAUUUUCUGUUGCUGGCCAUGACGAUUGCCACGAAAAAUAUGACCAAACGGACCUGAAAGUAACUGAACUCGAGUCUCGCGUCGAGGAAGUCGAAAAAAGACUGAAUGACGACAAUAGCACUGUUAUCAGCAGCAUUCGCGGGACUGGUACUUACAGCGCUACUCACGCAUUCCCCCAGUCCGAGGUCUAUAGCCAACUUCAGCAGCUGCAGGCACAGGUUAACAGACUACAGGCCUCCUCGCUACCCACAUACAGCUCACCCUGGGAUGUUGAGGUUGUAGUUAUUCCUUUUCCGCUUAAAGGCGUAUGGAUGCCAAGGCAUGAAUUCUCGAGCCAGAGGUCAACAAACAUUGCGGACACUGCUCCUUGGGACACUCUCGUGGACGAGUGGACGCAGCUACCAAAUACUCAUAGCAGACAAACGCCGGAUCCUCAGUCAUCCUUAGUAUCCAACUGGCUCGAUCAAUCAGCAUCUUCGGCGUGGCUGUUGCCUCGAGCAUGUGCCCCAGGUCGCAUGAUCGACGAGCGCCUGCGGAGUCGCGGCCUCAUCAAGACCGUAUCUGUCAAGGGCUCCGAUGCUAGAAGUGUUCAUCUCGCAAUCACUGCAGCAUUUCAUGGGGUGUUCAAAGCCAUGCAAGUGGAAACCGCCAGUCAUCGAUCGUCCCCAGUGACCAGCGCUAUGUUCGAUAAGUUUCUGGGACUCAGCCUGCCGUGGGUACCACUUCGCAAGAUGCACAAGGACUCUCGGCUACGUUUCCUAUCACCGGCCGAAAUGUUGACACCAACACUGUGGGAUACGGGUUUCCUUAUGUCCAGUGUCGUUAUGAAAGCCACUGGCCUGCAUCGCCUUUACGUCACCCAACCUGAAGCUUAUGUGCAAGAUAAGAUCUCCAGAGAUAGCGGAUCUGGUUGGACAUGGCAAAGACUUCGUGAGCUUGCACCCGCGUUACCAGAUUCUCAGAGCUCUUCGGCCAGCACAGUAGAUGCUGAGGAGGACGAGCAGUGUUGGAAAUGGAAUGAUCGUCUAGAUGAACUUCCGGCGGCCGAGCCUUCUCGCGAGCAGGUGGCUGGGGCAAACAGGUCUCGAUCCGCAGCAGCGUCAUCGUCGCAAGUUUUCUACACUGCACAAUCGCCAGCAACUACUCGGGCCAAGAGUCCAGUGAUGCUAAGGGAACAACGAGGCUCACGGCCCCCACACCUAAGAACUUCUUCGAUGCCUCAAGUUGCGCCAGCGCUCUCUUCUCCUGCUGGACAGCCUGCGGUAGCCAGAGUCGCUUCGUAUACCGCCGUUGUCUCCAAGUCCAGCCCUUAUGAGCGGCGGCCUUCACCCUUGGUUGCUCGCCCUAGCCCGCGCCUACCAAUGAUGCGGCAUGUAGCUUCAGAGACUGCGAUGGUGUCAGCCGUUGGUGCCGUGAAGAGGCGAUCUGGAGGUGGCCGUGGCAGCAGUCGAUCCCCUAGUAUACGACCGCGAAACACGCCACGAUGGAGCACCAACAGCAUUCGUAGUCGUAGCACCAGUGUAGCAUUGCGCGAUGUCUCGGUCGCACCUGAAGACCACAGGAUGCGUGGUACUACACCAUUCUGCUAUGCGACCCCUUACAGCACUGCACCAGUCGAGACGACCAGGGGACCUGUCGAAGGUCCUUCCUCAACAGGCAACAGUGGGCGAAGAAUCAGUAACCCAGACGAGAACAUGGACUAUGAAGAAUACGGGAGUGGCUCAGACCUAUACGAUGACCACGAGAUGACAAACCAAGAGCUGAAUGAGGACUUUGAUGACGACGACGAUGAUAAUGCGGAUCCAGAUUUUAACGUCUACCAAGAUUAUUCGGACGACAUGGACGAUGAUUCCAACCCUAGCGACACCAGCAGGGACUUCGGAUGCUCCGGGCAGUCUACUUUUGAGUCACAAGAGCAAGUGAAUGCGCAAAUACUCCCCGAAGACGAGGUUUGGCCUGGGAUAGAAGACAACAUGUCAGAUGGCGAAAAUAUUGAUCCGGAGUCCCAGGAUAUCGACAUCCAAGAUGCUGCGAGCGAUAUAAGCAGCCAACCAUCCCAGUACCCGAGCACUCAUCGCGCGUGGCAAGAACAAGGAGCAACAGGAGGGCAGGGUCUAGCUGGAAACGAUAACACGGGUUUCAGAAUUCAUGAAGAUGAUGAAGACAAUGAGAACGCAGCAAUGCCUGGUGCAGGAUUUGCAACACGUUGGUGACUGGGUUGAGUCUUUGUUUAUGACACCUUGGGCGGAUAAGUACUUUGGGAUUCAUUUUGGGAUUAUAUAAAGGACCGGGGAUCGGCGGUUAUGCUUUUUUUCUUAUAUGGAGUUUGGCGGGCUGUUUUCCGUGGCCAUAGAAGCGAGCGAGCGUUUCCUUUUUCUUCAUAUCUUUUUCAUGUAUCCGGCGGGGUGUCCUCACAUGUCAUGUCAAGCUCGCCUUCUCUUCUCACUUGACUGUAAAUUUCCCCCUUAACAUUGCUGUACUGCUACUACAAAACGAGUGUCGUAGUGGGGCGUGGUGAAGGAUGUAAGAGCUGAUCCCAGUAAUUUUGCGUGUACAACAAAUACGAAUACAAAGACAAACUUGAUAUUCUGCCCCU